AUGCGUGUGAAGAAGCUGAACGUGAACCGGCGCCAUAAACCAGGAGAAGACGAGGCGGCUAUUGGCGCCGCAACGGGCGGAGACAGCGACGAGCACAAGUGGGUGAGUCCUACGAAACCUCAGCAAGAAGGAGUGAUAUCCAGUAGCAAUAGUGGCUCAAGUAGUCCCACUGACGUCCAGCAUUCGCAACUACAACAACAUUUCGACGAGCAUUUACCUUUGCAAUUCCAGACAACCAACAGCUCGGAGUUCUUUGUGGGUGGAGGAGCACCAGUGAUUCCUAACGUAGCAGCAGCUCAUAUUAAGAUGCAGAAGGAGAAGGUAGAGAAGAACGCUAUACGCAGUGCAAUGGUCGGUAAGAUCGUUGAGAUGUUGCAAGCCAUGAAACCUCAUGCACCUGAGAAAGUAUUGGCUGCACUACCGAGGCUGGCUCAACACAUGGAGAAGACGCUGUUCACAAUGGCUACGAAUGAAGCCGAGUACUGUGAUUAUACAACAUUGCGGCAGCGUAUUGCUCAUAUCCAGGAGAACAACGCCAAGCGUCUACUAGCACAACAACAGCAAAUGCCAGAGCAGAAAAGUAACGAAAACGAAGUCGUCUUAACGCCCAAGCUAUUGACAGAGGAGCAGGCUCGUAUCAUAUUCCAGCAUUUGCAAUCAUGGCGUCAGAAAUUGGUGAACAUGUACGGUGUAGCACCAUGGGAUAUUUUACCCAAUGCGACUCUUGCCAAGGUGGCACUAUACAUGCCGUCGACUGAGCAGGAACUUGCUGUAUGUGGAGUAGAAAGUGAUAAAAUUUCACGCUUUGGGUCCUCUCUGGUGCAGCAGCUGCAACGUCUUCGUGGUCUUAGUAAAUCAGCCAACCGGGUCAAGGUCAAGCAAGCUUGCAAGCCAAAUCUCGGUAAACGUGGCUCUCUCGAGUCGGUAGUUGGUAACAGCAACAAGAAGCGGAAGAAUGGAGAAGUUGCGCGCUUGGCUCCGAGUCCAAGCGCCUCGUUGCUCCUGUCGUCGGCACCACUGCGUCCUGCUGUGGACUCGUUACCAACCUUACUGCCAACAGUCUCACUGAUGCCCGGAGGAGUGACGAGUACUACCACAGCUACAAGUAGUUCGAUGGCAAUGAGACAGUCCCAAUAUACUUCAGCAGCGCGACUAUCUCCUGUGCAAGCGUCUCAGCAGCCAUUCCUCACAAGGUUGCAGUCCCAAGAGCAGCAAGGAUCGUGUUCUCCUGCUCAGGUGAACCACAUGCAUUUGCUGGUCCAAGGAGCUGGUCAAUUGAGCAAACAACAGAACGUUAAAAGUCUCGAGCACGAAGUCAAGUCACUUCGAUGGAUGUUGCACCAAUCAGAGCAGGAAAAGUUGCGACUCGAGCAGGAAGUUCAGCAGUUGCGGUCAGAGCUACGAAGUGCACAUAGCAGCAAGUAG